ACUACAUAGGAUUUAAAUGUCGAAAACAAAAGAUUACAAUAUAAAAAAAGCGGGACGUGGCUUUCAUCUGGAGGAAAAGCUACAAAAAGACAAUAAAAUUCAAGGAGCUGUUGAAAGCUUUGAUUUAAGCCUGGAUGCUUUAGAGACUGACCUGAAAAUAGCUCUCUCAGCGCACAGAUCGCCACAUAUGACCUUAGACGAACAAAUCGAAUUGGACAGUUAUUUGGUAUACUUAACCACCACAUUAUAUUGGAUGUAUUUAAAGUUACAGGGCUCAGAUGUGUCUAAGCAUGGUAUAAUACAUGAUUUGGGUCGCGCAAAGGAAAUCCUGGCUAGAAGCAAGGAAUUAAAUACCUCACUCGAAGCUCCUCGCUUAGAUAUGCCAGCUACCAAGCGAUUUAUUGCUGCUGGAAUGCAUACACGUUUUGUGGACAUGGGGGGCGUUAUGGUCACUGAAGAACAAUACAAAAGGAGUCUUUUGGACGUUGACAAUAGUAAAAUAGACAAAUAAUUGUUUAUACAAAAUAAAUGGCUGCACAAAUGGAACAUUUUGGGUUUAUAUAC